AUGCCUUCGUUCAAGUCAAAGGUGCUCUCAGCUCUCGCGUGGGCGGCGCCAGUGUGGGCCGCUGUCAUACCCCGAGAAGGGCACCAAGUUGCGCGACCAGACAACAACGUCUUGCAACUAGACCUUCAACAAAACUACGCGCAAGCUACCUUCAGCGUUCCCUGCACUGGCUGUCUUGGCCAUCAUCACACGGACCAAGAUGACGAGUCUUUGAUUCUAAGCUUCACAAGUCAUGCUCAAGAUCAAGCUUGUGGUUCCUCCAACAUUACCCUAAACGGAGUGUUCCUUCCCCAAGAGUGGAACGGCGACUUCGCAUCUGGCUCUGGUUCCUACCAAGGCGUUACCGACCUUACACAGAAUGAGUGGUAUCUGCCGCGCGCCUUGGACCUCGAGUGGAAGACGGCUUGUCUUCACGCUAGCGAGGAGACGGAAGCAGCACAGGUCGUGACAGUCAACAUCAAGGCUAUUGACGGCAAGCCCAUAAAGUCACCUUCUGGUUUCACCAUCUCGUUCAAACCUCAGACAUCACCUCCGUCACUACUCAGGCUCGAGUCAGCCCCCAACCCUUCCGCAAGUAACAAGGACGUCGCCGAAUCCUGGCGCAAACCGCCCAAGUCUCUUCGCCUUGUCUUGCCCAACAGCACCGAUCGUCCGCCGAAAGAGAAAUCCCAAUCACUAGAGGACGACAUUCGUGAGCUGAACAAUCUUGAGGCCGAACUCCAAGAACUUCAAUCACUGAUUGCCAAAAAGAAGAAGCAACUACACGCGCAUUUCAGGAAAGAAGCACAGAACUUCUCGCAAGAGUUGGGUCAAUGUGACGGAAUCUCGUGCAUCAUCAAGACUAUCGCUGACAAAGCUCAUGGUGCUUGGAGGAUAGUGUACUUUCGGUUCCAACCCAAACACACAUCCAAAGAGAUGGGCCAUCCUGAACAGACAUUUGCCAAGGCGCAUACUCACGUCGCGCAGGUGACCCAGGCCACUGAUGAUCACCUGAACGCCACGACGACUCCGCCACCAUACCAGGCGUUGGCAGAUGAACUUCCACCACGGCCAACUAAUGAAUCCCCUUACAUUCUAGCUCUCGAGAUUGCUGUUGGCUUACUUUGCUGUGGCUCGCUCUUGGCCGUAAUCCGGCACAAGUGCAGCAGCCUCCGAACCCGCACUGAACGUGCUGCCGCUCGAGAGGAACGACUCAACGCUCGUGCCUACCGCCGAGCAGCUCGCCAACACGCAUGGCGCAACUGGUGGCGCGGCAACUGGGCACGCCGUGACAAUCAGCGCAUCGCAGACUACGAGGAGAAACGAGCGCUCAUCGCAGACCAAGAGGGCAUACUCGAAGAAGCAAUGCAAGAAGAGAUUCGUCAACUAAGGGUUGCACACGAUGUCGUCAACGACCUGGUGAGGGAUGCUGAAGAAGGCAGGGCCAUCACGCAUGCACCUUGCACCUGUAGACAUCAGCAACAACCUAGAGUCCCGUACUCGCCACUUUCCACAGCUUCCACAUACCCUCCCACGUCCCUCCCAGAGAUCCCGUCCAGGCCAUUGUCACGCACAGAUAGCUUACCCAGCUACCGGUCUGACACACCCACGGAGCCACCCAACUACGACUCCGACCGCGAGAUGUCCGAAGUAGUAGCCAACGGCCUCCGCGGUUAUGCGGCUACGUCGACGCCGUCGGAAGUAAGCUCGCGCUGGACCGCCGACAGUAGUGUUGUCGACGUUAGUCCAAGGCAGAGCGCAGAAACCCUUCGUUAUCCCGUGAGCAUACUGACGCUGGACGAGGAAUCUGAGGCUGACUGA